UUCACCAAUAAAGGUUUUCGUUGUGUUUGUCGUGAUGGAUUCACAGGGGAGAACUGCCAAUUUCGAGCUUUUAAGAAAAAUUGUGCUGAGAUUUUCAAUGCUGGGGAAAGAAGAGAUGGUAUGUAUACCAUUAAACCUGAUAAUCUGCCGGGCUUUGAUGUAUUCUGUGACCUAACAACAGCUGGUGGAGGGUGGACGGUGUUCCAGAAGAGACUGGAUGGUUCGGUUGACUUCUACCUCAAUUGGAUAGACUAUAAACACGGAUUCGGAGAUCUAAACGGUGGAUUCUGGCUGGGACUGGACAAGAUUCAUCGCCUGACCUCUGAUAAUAACAACGUGCUGCGUGUAGACUUGGAAGACUUUGAAGGAAGUCAUACCUAUGCUGAGUAUAAGAUGUUUGGUGUCAAAAGUGAAAAUGAUAAGUACAAGCUAAUCCUUGGUUCUUAUUCAGGAAAUUCUGGUGACUCUCUUGCUGUACAUCGCGGUAUGCCAUUCACCACCAGAGAUCAAGAUAAUGAUAAAGGUAAUGAUAAUCAUGGAGGUCUCAACUGCGCCAUUAAGUUCAAAGGAGCCUGGUGGUACAAGAAUUGUCACCGCUCAAAUCUUAAUGGUUUAUAUCUUCGUGGAAGUCAUUCCUCCUUUGCUGAUGGAGUGAACUGGAAAGACUGGAAAGGACAUUAUUACUCUCUAAAGAGAACCGAGAUGAAAAUAAGACCAGUGGAUUUCUGA